CUUCCACACAAUUCCAUCUCCCACAACCUUCGCGGGAUUGCAGCUUUGUUGUCCUCUUGACGUUACGGUUAUACAUUAUGGGCCACUGACGGUUCUGGUCGCGUAUAAUUUGUCCAGUGCCUUUGUUGCAGCGCCUUUGUUGCGGCACCAAAUUAUUUCGGUUGGCUUUGAUCAUGCCUCGCCGAUACUCCUAUUAACCUCCCUUCUCGAGAACACUGUCCAGCUUACCAUAGAAAUGUCGUCCUCCGGAUUUCAAGCUGCGCCAGGUUGGUACUGGCAAAACGAUGCUCCGAAAGAAGAACCCUCCAGUCCUAGCACAGAAGCUCCCCUCCCGUCAACACCGCCUAAUGCGACUCCUCAGGAGAGACAGAGCAACCGAUCCGGACGACGUAGGACCCGUUGGCCGCCCAGGCAAUGCCGAAUAUGUCUAGAAACGGUGCAACCGACUACACAUGUUCCUUCCGAGAGCUUGCCUGGGUUUCUCCAACCUACCCCCAAUGUCACGUAUGAAGACGAGAAUGGUCGAUUGAUACGUCCUUGCCUGUGCAAGGGUAGCGGGAAAUACGUCCAUGAAGGGUGUCUUCAGGCCUGGAGGCAUGCGGACCCCAGCUAUGGGCGUCGGAAUUAUUGGGAGUGUCCGACUUGCGGCUUCAAAUACAGGCUUGCUCGUAUGGGCUGGGGAAGAUGGGUAGCAAGUACCGCCGCACAGAUGACGAUGACGCUUGCUAUACUGCUGAUUAGUGUUUUCCUUCUUGGCUUUGUAGCGGACCCAAUCAUUGAUAUGUACAUGAACCCCUGGAGUUAUCUCAUGCCUUGGACAUGGUCUCGGUACGAUGACCGAUACGGACAAUUCGAUGUCCCGACGACUUGGUCAGAGCACUUUGCCAAGGGAUUCGCUGGCAUGGGCGUCCUUGGGUUCUUGAAGGUGCUGUUAGCCUCGCCAUUUUCUUAUUUUAGGAUUGGCGGAGGACAACGCCGCAGAGGUAGGGCAACUGGCCGAGACAGGAUUGAGCAGGUUAGCUGGUUGAUUAUUUUGAUUGGAGUUGUCACGUUCUUUAGUGCCGUGUACAAAGGCGUGCGAGCGUGGAGUCGCCGUGUGCUCGAGAAAGCUGGAGAGCGUGUUAUGGAUGUUCAGCAGGACGAGGACGAUGACGACGACGACGGCGAGGAGGAUGAAUGAAUUAUCCAAGUGCUGCAAAGCAGGCUUGCCUAUGCCCUAUCAUUUCACUCCACGAACCCUACUCUGACGUGUCUUACAAUCACCCUGUAAUCCGGUUCGCACAUCUUUGAGUUGCCACGGUCGGUUCAGUACCAUGUCAAUCAGUCUGCGUGCGAAGAUCAAACCACCCACGACCGCCUGGGUAUCUUUUUGCGUUUUGCACGGAUACCCUUGGCACGUGGUGUUACCGCCGUCCGUUGCUGUUCGAAUAGCAUCCUUUCGGGGAUCUUGCGUGGCAAGGAGGAGCAAAUAGGACGGUACAUUUUGUAGUCUUGGGGACUUUGUUGUCGGAGUUGAUGUCAAAUCGCCAAUAUACUUCUUGAUAAAAUCGUAUUCUGUCUAUACCCU